AUGACUCUCGCUGUCGACCUCCUCAACCCCUCCGCUGAGUCAGAAAAAAGGAAGCACAAGCUCAAACGUCUUGUGCAGUCCCCCAAUUCAUACUUCAUGGACGUGAAGUGUCCCGGUUGCUUUGCCAUCACGACUGUCUUCUCGCACGCGCAGACCGUGGUCCUCUGCAGUGCAUGCAGUACUGUACUCUGCCAACCUACCGGUGGAAAGGCGAGACUGACUGAGGGUGCGUCCCAUUGGCAACGACUCUCAUUCUUGAUGCUGGACACAACAGUCUUUUAG